CUUGCAGUUUCCGUACAGAAGCCGGUACCAGAGUGCAGUGCGGCGUGGAGGCCCCGGGCAGGAGGGGAUGAGGAGACCGGCUACCGGGGGGCAACAUGGGCAACAUAUUCGGCCGGAAGAGACGGAGCCGGGUCACUGAGCAGGACAAGGCGGUGCUGCAACUGAAGCAGCAGAGAGACAAGCUGAAGCAGUAUCAGAAGAAGAUCACGCUACAACUGCAGCGAGAGCGGGAAGUGGCCAAGCAGCUGCUGCACGAUGGCAAGAAAGAAAAAGCCAAACUGCUGUUAAAGAAAAAGCGAUACCAAGAGCAGCUUCUGGAGAAGACGGAUAAUCAGAUCAGUAACUUGGAAAAAAUGGUUGAACACAUAGAAUUUGCACAGAUCGAGAUGAAAGUAAUUGAAGGUUUGAAAAUUGGUAAUGACUGCUUGAAGAAAAUGCACGAGAUUAUGUCCAUAGAAGAAGUGGAGAGGAUCAUGGAUGAAACUCAGGAGGGAAUAGAAUACCAGCGGCAAAUUGAUGAACUUCUAGCAGGAAGCCUGACGACAGAGGACGAGGAGGCCAUCUUGGAGGAGCUGGAGGCCAUCACUCAGGAAGAACUGGAACUCCCAGAAGCUCCCAAGGAGCCGCUCCCAGAGCCCUCUCCAGAGAAACAAGCCGUCAAGAACAAACCCAAACCACAGAUGGUGGCCGCUUCCUAACCUCAUGCCCAGUUUGUGCAAUCAAAGUCUAUAUUUUUUUUCUGUUUUUUCCCCUUUCUCUUCUACUCCCGGAGGGAGCUCCGUGCCGUGUUGUGCUGGAACGCUCUGCCAACCAUUCCUAGGAGGAGGGGGUAGAAUCUGGCUGUGUGCUAAACUGCAUCGCCCUCUCUGGUUUACAUUGGGGAACCUCUUCCAGCCUGGAGAGGUCAUAUCUCCUUCCCGAAAGCCUCUCCAGCUUCAGCAGUAGGAGGAUGGACGGAGACCUCAUGCACUCUUUAAUAAACUGCAUUGGUUUAGUUUUGCCAUCA